UUGCUGGUAGAAUUCUGCAGCAUUGUGCUUCUCUCCAACUUGUCAUUUUCAAAGAAAUGCCCCCUAUAAGCCCGUGCUGUCCAGUCUGAGAGCCACAAGCCCCAGGUGGCAGGGGAGCUCGUGGAGGGUGGCCAGUCCAAGCUGAGCUGUGUCGACACCCACCGGAUCUCGGAGGCUCAGUGCCGAAAAAGAAUGUAAAAUACGUCAUCAGUAGGUUGUUAUUGAUUACGUGUUCAAAUUAAAAUAGUUAGAAAUGUUGGAAUAAAUAAUAAAAUUAACUCCUGUUGUUUUUCACUUUUGUUAAACAUGACUUCUAGAAAUUUUUAAAUUUCAUGUGACUCCUGUUUGUGACUUGCAUUAUAUUCCUGUUGGAUAGCUCCACUCUAAGGAUUAAGUUUACGUUUCAAAAAUUAAGGUUUACUUUCAUUAGGUCAAAGUUAUUGACCUAAUAUCACUAGAUCUUCUCAAGAAAAAAAAAAGAAUAUGUGCUCCUAGUGUUGUAGUUCUGUUACUGAAACUUGAACACAUGUAUGAGGUUAAAGUAACCGAAAUCUUACAAAGCAUCUGAUCUUUUUUUUUUUUCCCCUCAUGUCUCUCCUGUCUGAACCUCGGUGACUCCUCACAAAAUAGUACGCACUUUUGGGGCCCAGUAGCCAACUGGGGUCUUCCCAUUGCCGCCAUCAAUGACAUGAAGAAGUCUCCGGAGAUUAUCAGCGGGCGGAUGACAUUUGCCCUCUGCUGUUACUCGCUGGCGUUCAUGAGAUUCGCCUACAAGGUGCAGCCUCGCAACUGGCUGCUGUUCGCCUGCCACGCCACCAACGAGGUAGCCCAGCUCACCCAGGGCGGACGGCUGCUCCGGCACGAGAUGUCUAAAAAUGCCUCAGCAUAACAAUGGAAAAUGAAGAACCGGCUUCUUGAAGGGGUGGCAUUGCCAGCUGCUGCUGCUGAGUCACACAUUCCACCCUAGUGAAUAGUCUUGCUAAGAGAAAUAUGCAGAAUGCUAUUUUUACUAACCAGACGAUUCUUCUAGAAAUAGCAGGGAGUUCCCAAACCCACUCUCGGCUGCCUUACAAGUACUGAAUGUUUUACUUCUCUUCAGAAAGCAUAGCUCAAAUAUGCGAUCAAUGUAAUGAUUCCCAGUGAUGGUUUUAUCUGCAGUAAUAUGUAUGUUAUCUGUUAGAAGUUACCUUAUGAAAAACCGAAGAGAACAAAAUUUGUAACCAUCAGCAUUUAAGUACUCAGAAAUCCUGACCUUUCGUUUAAUGACCAUGAGACAGCUGGCAGCUGGCCACAUAGCUAAAAUCACAUUGCCAGUGUUUGAAAAGGUAUUUGUAUUUCCAUGCAGUGUGUAUAUUGAAAUGCUGUAAAUUAAUGGCAAUAAAUGAUUUAAAUAUUUGUCAAA